AUGGCCGAGGUGCUGGAGCCGGACCCCGCGACAGCCGAGCGCGCGGCGGCCCAGGCCGUGGAGACGCCGGGCUGGACGGCCCCGGAGGACGCGGGCCCCCAGCCCGGAAGUUACGAGAUCCGACAUUAUGGACCAGCCAAAUGGGUCAGCACUUCCGUUGAGUCUAUGGACUGGGAUUCAGCCAUCCAAACUGGUUUUACGAAGCUGAACAGCUACAUUCAAGGCAAAAAUGAGAAAGAGAUGAAAAUAAAGAUGACCGCUCCAGUGACAAGCUACGUGGAGCCCGGUUCAGGCCCUUUUAGUGAGUCUACCAUUACCGUUUCCCUGUACAUCCCCUCUGAACAGCAACCUGAUCCGCCCAGGCCUUCAGAGUCAGAUGUCUUCAUUGAAGACAGAGCAGAAAUGACCGUGUUCGUCCGGUCUUUCGAUGGAUUCUCUAGUGCUCAAAAGAAUCAAGAACAACUUUUGACAUUAGCAAGCAUGUUGAGGGAAGAAGGAAAAGUUUUCAAUGAAAAGGUUUACUAUACCGCAGGCUACAACAGUCCUUUCAAGUUGCUUGAUAGAAAUAAUGAAGUGUGGUUGAUUCAGAAAAAUGAACCCUGCAAAGAACCUGAAUGAGGGAAAAAAGGAAGUACCAUUGCUUAGCGUAGAUAUUCAACGUACCGACAUGUAAAAUGCAGGUCUAGUAUCUCUACCCGAGAGAACUAUGGUGAUUUGAGCUGAUUUCCAAGGUGCCUUUUAAUGCUUGAAGCUUUAUCUAGAUACACAGGUAAUAGGGGAGAGUCUUCUAGAAACAUGAGAACCAGUCACAGCUCUGGAGGGUGGGUAUUUCUAUGAGGGUCCAGGAAGUGUCUUAUUGCUUGACCCUUCUUCGCUGUAUCACAAUCAUGUUGCCUUUUUUGACUUGAAUUUAUGUCAUUUGGAUGUUAUCCCCUCUAGCUAUUAUCAAUAAAAAUGCUAAAGAGGUACCCUGUGUGGAACAGUUCGGCUCUCAAGCCUAGCGAGGUGACCUUCAGCUGAGAACGAAAAUCAAAUUCUUUUGCGCCUUUUAGGUUGUGAUUUUUGAUACGAGACAAGCUAGAUUUCUGGCUUUGAAAUUAUUAUGGAUAUAAAAUUUCAAAAUCUCAGGCAAUUAUUUUUCCAAAGGUAUUUGCUUGCACUGAUGAUUUAUUGGUUUUUUGCCAGAAAGAAAUUAAAUUUCUUUUUCAGCUCACUUAAUAAAACCAACUGGAGGACUCCUUCUAGCCCUCCUACUAGAAUAUCCACAGUACCAGCCUCUACUGGUAGGAGGUAAAUAUUUCUAAUAUUUACCCUAGAGUUCUAUAUAAAAUAGACAUCUCUUAUACAGUAAAUUCCAUUUGAAAGAAGAGAAGCAUACUUCUGAUGACCAGCAUUUAGUUGUGAUCUGAAACAUGUUCAGUAAAAAAAAGUUGAGUGGUGCCUCGGUGGCUCAGUUGGUUGAA